AUGGCACCAUCAAGAGCUAUCCUUCUUCGCCGCAUGGUUUCCGCAGCCGCAACACCAUACUUACGACCGACGUCGCGUCUAUUCACAACAUCUACGUCUGCGCUAUGUAGGACACAACAAUCGUCGGCGUUGCGAUCGAGCCUAUCGCAACAGCCACAGUUCCCCACAUUGUGCACACGAUCAUAUUCGCAGUCAGCCAGUGCAGCGCCUGAAGCACCGGAUUACCUCAACGAGGCAGAGUUACACGUCUUCAACAAGAUAAAAGCGGAAUUGGAGCCCGUGAAACUCGAGGUUCAAGACAUCAGCGGCGGUUGUGGGUCCAUGUACGCGAUCCAGGUCGAAUCCCCCAAGUUCAAAGGCUUGACGGUCAUCAAGCAACACAAGCUGGUCAACGAGGUGCUAAAGGAUGAAAUCAAGAGUUGGCAUGGCGUGCAACUACGGACAAAGGCUGCUUGA